GAUUGGCAGAGAGGGAUGGAGGACACUGAGUGGAGGCCAGUGGAGGGAUUGGCAGAGAGGGGUGGAGGACACUGGGUGGAGGCCAGUGGAAGGAUUGGCAGAGAGGGGUGGCGGAUACAGAACGGAGGGAGUUACAAUAGUCAAGGCGAGAUAUAACAAGGGAGUGGAUAAGUUGCUUAGUAGUUUCCAGGGUUAGGAACGGGCGUAUCUUGGAGAUGUUGCGGAGGUGAAGUCUACAAGAUUUGGACAGCGAUUGGAUUUGGGGCUCAAAGGACAGAUGGGAGUCUAG